AUGGAUUACACGCUGGAGCCCAAUGUGACGACGACGGACUACUACCCUGACGACUUCGCCAUGCCCUGUGACACGGAGCUCAUCCUCAGGGGCAGCGGGUUGCCACUUGCCCUCUUCUACUGCAUCUUGUUUGUACUGGGCCUUCUGGGAAACAGCCUGGAUCUGGUCCUUGUGGCCUACAAGAAGCUGAGGAGUAUCACGGACAUUUACCUCCUGAACCUGGCCGUUUCGGACCUGCUCUUUGUCUUCUCGUUCCCGUUCCAGACUCACUACCUACUGGACCAGUGGGUGUUUGGGACUGCCAUGUGUAAAGUGGUCUCCGGCUUUUACUAUAUGGGCUUUUUCAGCAGCAUGUUCUUCAUCACCCUAAUGAGCGUGGACAGGUACCUGGCUAUUGUCCACGCUGUCUAUGCCCUCAAAGUGAGGACGGCCCGAGUGGGCACGGCCCUGAGCCUGGCGGUGUGGCUGAUGGCCGUCUUGGCCACCAUUCCGCUGCUGGUGUUUUAUCAAGUGGCUGCUGAGAAUGGUGUUCUACAGUGCUUCCCGUUUUACGACAACCAGUCUUUGAAGUGGAAGCUGUCUGCUCACUUUGAAGUGAACACCUUGGGCCUGCUGCUCCCCUUCACCAUCCUUCUCUUCUGCUACAUCAGGAUCCUGCAGCAGUUGCGCAGCUGCCAGAAUCACAACCGGACCAGGGCCGUCAAGCUGGUGCUCACUGUAGUCAUCGCGUCUUUGCUGUUCUGGGUCCCCUUCAACGUGGUCCUCUUCCUCACGUCCCUGCACGACAUGCAUGUCUUUGAUGGAUGUGCCAUGAGCCAGAAGCUGGCUCUGGCUACCCAUGUCACGGAGGUCAUCUCUUUCACACACUGCUGUGUGAACCCUGUCAUCUAUGCUUUCAUAGGCGAGAAGUUCAAGAAAUACCUCGCGAACGUGUUUCCAAAAGGUUGCAGCCACCUCUUCCUCUAUCUAGGGAAACAGAUGCCGGUGGGGGCGUGGGAUGCGCACUCUUCCAUAGGAAGACAGAUGCCUGCGGGGGCGUGGGAUACGCACUCUUCUCACUCCUCCACCCUAGACUACAUUUUGUAG